AUGGGCGCCGUCGGCGGAACCAUCUGGCACGGCAUCAAAGGUGCACGCAACUCACCUCGCGGUGAACGACUACCCGGCUCCCUCUCCGCUAUCAAAGCCCGCGCACCCGUUCUCGGUGGAAACUUCGGUGUAUGGGGUGGAAUGUUCUCCUCCUUCGACUGCGCAGUCAAGGGGAUUCGACAGAAGGAAGACCCGUGGAACGCCAUCAUCGCCGGAUUCAUGACCGGCGGUGGUUUGGCGAUCAGGAGCGGUCCCAAGACGGCGAUCGGAAGCGGUAUCAUGUGCGGAAUCUUGCUGGGUGUGUUUGAGGGUGUCGGCGUGCUGAUGCAGAGGAUGAUGGCAGAGGGGAAUAAACAGGUCGCUCCGAUCAUUCCGGAUACACUGCCAGGGUCAGCACCGCAGGCUUUGCCAGGAGCGCAAUAG